GAUUUCAGACAUAACCUUAUUAAUCUAAGGAAACGCUUUAAUUGUUAAACAUUUUUUUAUUAUGCAUAUGCAGGUCUAAAAAAUAGCAAGAAUUACUUUCUAGAAACAUCGAAAUUUACUUUUGAAUAUUUGAAACCCCUUUUUAACCUAAAGAUGUCUAUAUUUUUAGGGUAGGACGCAAGUAACGGAUUAGCUGUGUUAAGUUCAAACUGUAAGCAGCGUACACUGGGUUUUUGAACGAUUCAACCGCUAUUCAAGAGGCUUACACACAGAGCUCUCUCUAUUAAAUGAACAGUUAAAGGUGUAUUCCGUUGUAAAUUUGCAUGGAGGGUCACUUGAAAUUAGGCUUACAAUAUCUUUAAACCAUAUGUUUCACAAGAAAAUUCGGACCCAGAUAGUGAGUAAAUUCGGACCCAGAUAGUAAGUAAAUUCGGACCCAGAUAGUGAGUAAAUUCGGACCCAGAUAGUGAAUAAAUUCGGACCCAGAUAUGAGUAAAUAUGAAAUGAAAUGAUAUGAGUAAAUAUGACCAUGAUAUGAGUAAAUUCGGACCUAGAUAUUGAGUAAAUUCGGACCCAGAUAGUGAGUAAAUUUGGACCCAAAAAGUGAGUAAAUUUGGACCCAGAUAUAGUGAGUUAAUUCGGACCCUGAUAGUGAGUAAAUUCGGACCCAGAUAGUGAGUAAAAUCGGACCCAGAUAGGGAGUAAAUUCGGACCCAGAUAGUGAGUCAAUUCGGACCCAAAUAACAAGAGCGUUUAUUUCUGAAACCAUGGAGAACUGAUAUUUGAAAUAUCAGCUAAAAGUCAAUUAUGAAGUUUUCCUUUUUCCUAAUUAUAAAGGAGAAUUAUACAGAUGUGAAGUAGGAUGAAAUUCGAUCCCUUGACCACCAGGGAGAGUAUAGAUUCCCCUGAUUCCCUACAGGUGAAAGGUUCCAUAUCUCCAGGUUCAAAUUGCUCUCCCCAACACCAAACUGUCCUGGCUACACCACCGACCACAUCAGUCAGACCAUUUAGUGCUUCAGGACUUGCUCAUCAUAUAUGGAAUCCAUUCAAGAAGAAAUCUGGUAUCCUCGGAGUAAUAUAUGCUCAGGCCAAGAGGAACAGGGUUGUAUCAAAGCACGGGAAACUAAACACAUUCAGAAGGCCAGAUGAAACCGAGGACAAUCAUAGGUAUUUGAAAGACUUUUUCAUAUCUAUGAUUGACUUCCCCUGGUCCUGGACCCUGCUAGGGUUUGGAGCAUCUUUCUUACUUUCUUGGCUCAUGUUUGCUACACUUUGGUACCUCAUACUUAUAUUAAAUGGUGAUCUAGCAGGUGAACUGGAUCGACCAGCCAGUCAUAAAGUUUGUGUUGAGAAUAUGAAGGAUUUUACAUCAUGCUUUCUCUUUAGCCUUGAGACACAACAUACUAUUGGAUAUGGUGUAAGAGCUCCAACAGAAGAAUGCACUCUUGCAAUAGUUAUCAUCUCCAUUCAGAGCAUUUUUGGAGUAAUUAUUCAGGCCUGUAUGGCUGGGAUAGUGUUUGCUAAGUUUACGAAGCCGACAAUGCGUGCAGAGACGAUAUUGUUCAGCAAGAACGCCUUAAUAACUCUUAGAAAUGGUUCCUUUUACCUCCUCUGCAGGGUGGCAGAUCUCAGACCCAAUCAUUUGUUAGAAGCCCACGUGUCUGGACACAUGGUAAAACGAGAGCUAACACAGGAAGGAGAGAUAAUUCCCUAUCAUCUACAGAGGAUGGAGUUUGGAGCAGAACUAGACGGGAGCCAAGAUUAUUUCCAGAUGUUUUGGCCAACUAUUCUAUCUCAUAAGAUUGAUCAGGAAUCUCCACUGUGGGAUGUUUCUCCAAGAACUUUAAAUUCAAGUAUAUUCGAGAUUGUUCUGACAAUGGAGGGAACAACACCUGAAACUGGGAAUACGAUACAGGUUCGAACCUCGUACCUUCCGAAUGAAGUUCUGUGGGGGUAUAGGUUCGAGCACACAUGUGUGAUAUACGAUAUAAAGGCUGCCAAAUACGAGGUUUCAUUCAACAAUCUCAACAAACAUAUUGCAGACAGGACUCCCAGGUGCAGUGCUAAAGAUUGGGAAGAGAGAAGAGUUACCAGUGCAUCAGUGAGCAGUGAAAGCUUUAUUUGUCAGCAGAUAGAUGAGCUGACAGGACCACACCAACCAUAAACCUGUCAGCAGAUAGAUGAACUGACAGGACCACAUCAACCGUAAACCUGUCAUCAGAUAAAUGAGCUGACAGGACCACAUCAACCCUAAACCUGUCAUCAGAUAGAUGAGCUGACAGGACCACACCAACCGUAAACCUGUUAGCAGAGAGAUGAGCUGACAUCAAGACCACAUCAACCGUCAACCUGUCAGCAGGUAGAUGAGCUAACAGGACCACAUCAACCAUAAACCUGUCAUCAGAUAGAUGAGCUGACAGGACCACAUCAACCGUAAACCUGUCAUCAGAUAGAUGAACUGACAGGACCACACCAACCAUAAACAUGUCAUCAGAUAGAUGAUCUGACAGGACCACAUCAACCGUAAACCUGUCAUCAGAUAGAUGAACUGACAGGACCACACCAACCAUAAACAUGUCAUCAGAUAGAUGAGCUGACAGGACCACAUCAACCGUAAAUCUGUUAGCAGAGAGAUAAGCUGACAUCAAGACCACAUCAACCGUAAACCUGUCAUCAGAUAGAUGAGCUGACAGGACCACACCAACCGUAAACCUGUUAGCAGAGAGAUGAGCUGACAUCAAGACCACAUCAACCGUAAACCUGUCAGCAGGUAAAUGAGCUGACAGGAUCCCAUCAACCGUAAUUUUGCCUGCAGAUAGAUGAGUUGACAGGAACAAUUCGACCAAAAGAAUAACAUCAACCAUACACCUGUUUGCAGAUUGAUGAGCUGACAGGAAUACAUUGAUCAAAAACCUGUCAGCAGGAAAGCUGACAAGACCUCAUCAGCUAUAAACCUGUUAGCAGAGAGGAGACAUGACAGGACCACAGAGAUCAUAAACGUGUCAGCAGACAGGAGAGAUGACAUGAAAACAUCAAUCAUAAUCCUGUCAGCAAAAAUCAACCUUUAAUCUGUCAGCAGCAGACAGAGCAUAACUGUCAGCACAAAGAAAAUUUGACAAGACUCCACUCAUCAACCCUUUUAGGGUCCGUUAUUUGAUGUAUAAAGCAAAUAGUUUUACCAUUAGCUUAACCCUAAACAGGCUGUGGGGGGCGUGUUUGACUAGUUUCUUUUUACCCUAGCACUCUCAUUUUUGAUACUAUCACCUUCAAAAUUUAAUUUUAAGGAAUAAGGUAGGGUACAUAUAUGCCAACAUGGCGGUAAAAAAGGGCGGUCCGUGAAAAAUGGAUGCAGAAACAUGUGUCACAACUUAAUAUUCAUCAAAGACAAAACAAAAUUAUUUUUUACAUUUUUCCGACCCUUUUUUGGC